AUGACUAAACAUACCUGGCAAGUGUGGACCAUCUACAUGGUCUUAGCUGCAAACCUCUCUGAAGAGCAAGUGCUGAACCAGGCUUGUCCUUCAUGUGAUGCCACUCAGCUUUGCAACUGCUCUUCCAUGGAUUUGGAAUUUAUUCCUCCAGGGCUCACUGGCAAAAUCACAGUGUUAGACCUGGCCCACAACAGGAUAAAACACAUCCGAUCCCAGGAUCUGCAGCAGGCUGUGAACCUGAGAGCCCUGCUGCUGCAGUUCAAUGAAAUCAGCUCAAUAGACGAGGACUCGUUUCGCUCCCUUGGGAAACUGGAGCUCUUGGACUUAUCAAGUAACAGCUUGGCUCACUUGUCCCCUGCGUGGUUUGGGCACCUUUUCUCGCUCCAGCACCUCCACCUUCAAGGGAACUCCUACAGAGACCUGGGGGAAAGCUCCCCGUUUUCUAACCUGCAGAACCUGAGCUCUCUCCACCUGGGCAACCCGCGGUUCUCCAUGAUAAGGCAAGGAAACUUUGAGGGCAUUGCGGUUCUUGACAAGUUGUGGAUUGAUGGUGGCAAUCUCAGCCAGUACGAGCUGGGAAGUUUGAAACCGAUUAAGAAGAUAAAUCACAUGAUCAUAAACCUAAGAGAUACUAAUGUAUUCUCAGCAAUUGUCAGGGACCUUCUGCACUCUGUCACUUGGUUAGAAGUGAGAAAAAUAGCAUUCACUAAACCUGUUGAAAUGCAACUAUUGAGAGUCAUGUCUUCUUCUUUUGCAAAGAAAAUUUCUUUUAAACAGGCCUCAUUAACAGAUGCUACUGUGCCUGAGAUUGUCAGCAUUUUAGAAGGCAUGCCAAAAUUAGUGGAGGUAGAGAUGAUAGACUGUAGACUGUUGGGAACUGGACGAUGGGAAAUACAAAUUCAAGCAAACCAAUCACAGACUCUUAGAGUUCUGACAAUAGAGAAAUUAUCUAUAGAAGAAUUUUAUUUGUUUACAGAUCUUCAUGCUGUGACAGGUCUACUAUCUCUUCUUACCAAAGUCACAGUUGAAAACACCAAGGUCUUUCUGGUACCAUGCAGCCUUUCACAACAUCUUCUGUCAUUAGAGUAUCUUGACCUUAGUGCAAAUUUGCUUGGAGACCAGAGUUUGGAGCAUUCGGCCUGUCAGGGUGGUUGGCCCUCACUACAAACUCUAAAUUUAAGUCAGAAUUCACUGAGUGACUUACAAAUGACAGGUAAAAGUUUGUCUCAUCUAAAAAACUUAAUUCUCUUAGAUAUUAGCCAAAAUAAUUUUGGUGAGAUUCCAGAUGCGUGCGAAUGGCCAAAAACCCUGAAAUAUUUAAACCUCUCCAGCACUCAAAUUCCUAAACUAACAACUUGCAUUCCCCCGACACUGGAAGUUUUGGACGUUAGCGCUAACAACCUGAAGGAGUUUGGACUGCAACUGCCAUUCCUCAAAGAGCUGUAUCUCGCAAAAAACCAGCUGAAGACCUUGCCUGGUGCCGCACCCGUUCCUAACUUAGUGGCCAUGUCAAUCAGGAGAAACAAGCUCAACAGUUUCUCCAGGGAAGAGUUUGAGUCCUUCAAGAAAAUGGAGCUGCUAGAUGCCAGUGACAACAACUUCAUCUGCUCCUGUGAGUUCCUCUCCUUCAUCCACCACCAGGCCGGGAUAGCCCAGGUGCUGGUGGGGUGGCCAGACAAGUACGUCUGUGACUCUCCCCUGGCAGUAAGAGGGGCGCAGGUUGGAGCCGUGCACCUCUCCCUGAUGGAGUGCCACAGGUCCCUCGUGGUGUCGUUGAUCUGCGUCCUGGUGUUCCUGGUCAUCCUCAUCCUCGUGGCCGUCGGCUACAAGUACCACGCGGUCUGGUACCUGAGAAUGACCUGGGCAUGGCUCCAAGCCAAGCGGAAGCCCAAGCGAGCCCCCCCCAAGGACAUCUGCUACGACGCUUUUGUCUCCUACAGCGAGAACGACUCCGACUGGGUGGAAAACGUAAUGGUGCGGGAGCUGGAGCAGGCCUGCCCCCCCUUUCGGCUCUGCCUCCACAAGCGGGACUUUGUGCCCGGGAAGUGGAUCGUGGACAACAUCAUCGACUCCAUAGAGAAGAGCCACAAAACGCUCUUUGUGCUGUCCGAGCACUUUGUGCAGAGCGAGUGGUGCAAAUACGAGCUGGACUUCUCGCACUUCCGCCUCUUUGAUGAGAACAACGAUGCAGCGAUUCUCGUCCUCCUGGAGCCCAUCCAGAGCCAAGCGAUUCCCAAGAGGUUCUGCAAGCUGCGGAAGAUCAUGAACACAAAGACCUACCUGGAGUGGCCUCUUGAGGAAGAGCAGCAGGAGAUCUUUUGGUUUAAUUUGAAAAUAGCUCUAAAAUCCUAG